AGUUGAAGUGCCACGAAUUUUCUGCAGCUGAAGAAAACUGAAAUAAAAAUUAACGAGAUGUUUUCAACGGUUUGAACCGUUCAUUUUUAUCAACUUUCUCACAUUAAUGGGGGCAGCCCUUUGUAAACUUUGCGGUUGCUGCCAAAGAAAUAGAAAUACAGUCGGCGCAAUUCCCGAAACGCACUUAAAAGUUUUACUGCUCGGUCUGAUGGCCAGCGGAAAAACUGAACUGGGUCACUACCUGACCCGCCAACAACGUACUAGCCACGAGCCGACUAACGGAGUGCAAUACUUUCAGAUGCAACUUCCCGAGCGACAUUUGUCCAUCACCGAAGUGGGCGGCAAUCCGGAAAUGCAAAAAAUAUGGCAUCAUUACUUUUUAACAACAAUGGGCAUUAUCUACUGCUUUGACAUGUCGGCGUCGUAUGAGGAGCUUCAAAGCUCCUUUGACUGCUUUCGACGCACCCUUAUGCAUCCCUACGUGCGUGGUAAGCCGGUGCUACUGGUCGCCACCAAAGCUGAUUUGGCCGACGAAGGCGUUCAACUGUACGACAUCGAAAACACGUUCCAAAUAGAGGCGCUCGCCAAGUAUUAUUUCAGCAGUGCACGCAUGUGCUACGUUGGUAAAAACAUCGAGUUGGACAGCAUGUGGGAUGGCAUAGCGUGGCUCAUUAAAUAUCUCAUAGACAAUAUGGACUUGCUGCAAGUACGACUUAAAACCGAUGCCAAUAUGAAGGCUUGGACAGAUCAGGUGAAUCAACUGGUAUCUGAAGGACGAAUGAAACGGGGUCGGUAUCGUCAAUUUCAGUAUCAUUUAAAAAAUACAGCACGCAGAAAGUUGUGGUACCGUUCCUUUGGCCAUUUUCGAGCAAAACGUAUACGACCGCACACAGCACCGGCCACAAUAACCACUACUACGUUCAGCCAGCGUACAACAGCAGAGGAAUCAGUAAAGGCAGCCGCGUGCGAUGAAAAUUCCAAAGAUGUGCCAAAUCUAAAUACCCACGCGCUUGAAAACGGAAAGUUUACCGAAAUCUGAGCGGAGCAAAUGUAAACAGAGGCUGGCAUUGUACAUUUACUCCCAAAAAUCAACAACAAUCCCUACUAAGGCCAAUCUACCAGCUGACAAGGCGAAUUUAUGUUUUCGGCGUUUUGU